GAAAACAGAUGUUGGUGUCAGAAGCUAAAACUUUAAAAGUAAACAAGGUUACUUCGACAAAUGAAAACAAAUACACGACACGAAGAAGCCCGGAUUUGAGGUCUUCUGAUCCUGGAAAAGGGGUCGGUUACGUUCCUUCCUCGAAGAA